AUGGCGAGCCACCGGUCCCUCUUGCCCGCACCAUUCAUCGCGGCGCUGCUGCUGCUCCUGGCAGCGGCGGUGAUCAGCAGCGAUGCGUCCUUCACCACGCUUGGAGAUAGGAGGGAGGCGCACCUCGAGCCGGCCGACGAAGCCGGCCGCAGGAUUUACAUAGUCUUGCUCGAGCCACCUGCAGCAAGCCAAGACAUGGAUGCCGAUGCUCACAGAGCAUGGCACCAGUCUUACCUACCGUCGAUGACGACGGCCGUCGGCGAGCCUCGGCUGCGGCGGUCAUACCGGACCCUCGUCCACGGCUUUUCUGCGCGGCUGACCGAGGACGAGCUGAAGCAGGUCUCCGCCAAGCCGGGAUUCGUCCGGGCGUUCCCCAACGUCAUCCGGUACCUGGACACCACUCGGACGCCGGCGUUCCUCGGCGUCCAAUUCCCCCAGUCGACUGCAAGAUUCCGGUUUUUGGAUUGGCCCGGCUAUGGAGGCCUCGGGACGAUUAUCGGCAUCAUCGAUGGCGGCAUCGCCAACGCUCAUCCAUCGAUGGACGACGCUGGAUUCGAGGAGUUCAAGGUGCCGGAGCGAUGGAGGGGAUCCUGCCACAACGACAUCAAAUGCAACAAGAAGCUCAUCGGGGCCAGGAAUUUCGUUGGAGUCGGACCACCUUUGGACGUCGCCGACGCCCACGGCACCCAGGUGACGACAAUCGCGGCCGGCAACUUCGUCGCCGGCGCCAACUUCGUCGCCGGCGCCAACUUCAACGGCCUCGCCAGCGGCAUCGCAUCCGGCAUGGCUCCGCAGGCGCACGUCGCCGUCUACAAGGCGUGCGGCGAAACGGGCUGCACUGACGAGUCCCUGCUGUCCGCCAUCGUUGCGGCGGUGCACGACGGGGUAGACGUCAUCUCGCUCUCCGUCGGCGGAAACUCCCAAGCGGCGACGUACGACCACGACCCGAUAGCCGUGGCCUCCUUUGCCGCCAUGCAGGCUGGCAUUCUCGUCGUCGCUACCGCCGGCAACAAUGGCCCAAGUCCUUCGACCGUCCACAAUGAUGCGCCUUGGCUCUUGACCGUGGGAGCUGGCACCGUCGACCGGUCAUUUAUGGCCGGGGUUCAAUUGGAAGAUGUGUAUGCCACCGUGGUGAAUGGCCAGUCGCUCGCCAAUAGGCAGUGGCAGAUGGCAGUUCGACCAGAGGUCGCGCACGAUAUUCUCUACAGCGAAGACGGGGAUCGCGCCAACUGCGUGUACCCAGAAGACGAAUUGCCGGUGCGCGUUCCAGGGCGUUGCGUCGUCUGCCAGGCCGGUGGUGAAAUGAGAGCGACGACCCUCCAAAAGUUGCAGAGCAAUAACGCAUCGGCCAUCGUCAUGGUGGACCGAGAGGAGUUUGGAUGCACCGGAAUGGUUAUGAACAUGCCCCGGGGCAUGGAAAACACGUACACUCCCGUUCUUCAGGUGACGUACAAGGAUGGCGGGGUCUUGGAGUCCCUUGCAUCAUCUUCGCCGCUCCCCAGGGCGGUCAUCGACUUCACCCGCGGCACCGUUGUGGGCGCUACUCAGGCCCCCACGGUGGCCUUCUUCUCGUCCCGUGGCCCAAGCCGGUACCCCGCCAUCCUGAAGCCCGACGUGCUGGCGCCCGGGGUCAACAUCCUGGCAGGGGUACCGCCGGACCAGGAUGGGGUGUACUUUCAGUUCACGUCGGGCACCUCCAUGGCAGUGCCACAUGUCAGCGGCGCAGCCCUUCUCCUGAAGAGCGUGCAUCGGAGCUGGAGUCCGGCCGCAAUAAGGUCGGCGCUCAUGACAACGGCGGACACCGUCGACAAAUCCGGGCGUGGUAUCCUGGACGAGCAGUUAAACCGUGCCGACGCGUACAAAAUGGGAGCUGGGCACAUCAACGUGUCCAGGGCCAUGAACCCUGGGCUCGUGUACGACCUCAACGAGCGGCAGUACGCCGCCCACGUCUGCUCCACGCUCGGCGAGGCCGCACUGCGCGCCGUUUCGCGCAAUGACUCGUGGAGGUGCUCCGAGCUGCCCACCACGCACCCGUCCAACCUCAACUACCCUAGCAUCACGGUCCCGCUGCAACCGAGGAUGGCGUUCUCCAUGGUGAGGACGCUGACGAACGUCGCGCCUCGGCGUCUGGAGACGGCGCCGGAGACAUACACGGCCAAGGUGGUCAUGCCCCCGGAGGUGCGCGUGACCGUCUACCCAAGCACGCUCAGCUUCACCUAUCCAGGGCAGGAGGCCUCGUACCACAUCUUGGUCUCCAGCACCGACACCGUCCCGGUCAAAGGAGCUGUGUACCAGGGCACCGUCGAAUGGUCUUCAAGCGACCACACGGUCACAAGUCCCAUGCUCGCCGUCGUCGGCCUGGGCACCUCUCAGCCGUCCACGCCGUGGAAGCUGAACUGA